UUCCCUCUUUUGUAUUCCUCUUGGGGAAAAAAAUCUUCUUGAAACCGUUUGCUGGUAGAGUUAUUAGAUGCACUCAUUGUCAUAGAUUUGGUCAUUUGAGGUCUUCAUGUAAAAAGAUAGGAAUGCCUCUGAUAUGUGGCAGGUGUGCAGUGUCAAUUGUCCGGUCUACAUACAUAAUAAACAUGUUAAAAGAAUCAUGGCGGUUCAUUGCCUGGGCCCUCUAGAUGCUGAAAAUUUCAUCAAGGUCAGUGGUCUCACUGAGGAUAACUAUUCAGAUGGAUCUUCCUCGAUUACCUUGGAAGAUUUCUGGCCAAAGAUUAUUAAUAAACCAUCCGUUGUGUCUUAUGCGGAGGCUCUUAAGUCUUCAAAAAAAAGUAAAACGGCUUUACCUCUGGUAAGCCCUGGUAAUAAUAUAGAUGGGAAUGUUCCAACAUCUGUUUCUCCUGUGUUACAGUCUCGAGGUUCCGGGUUCCUUUCUUCCCUACACGUUGUCUUGGAGAACAAUAUCAACUAUAAUUGGAGAGAGAGGAGAGCCCAUCGGGGUGCCAAAGGUCUGCCUGUAAAUACAGCCAUCAAAGCUGAAAUAAGAGGAGUUAAGGACGAAUUUGAGUGCUAA